GCUCUUACAAGGGGAAGGGUUCUCUAUUCUCAUCUCACACCCUUGUUUAUGUUACUUCUUCAGGCUUGGCAAAUCAGCCAGCACUUGAUUUUCUGAAGUGUCAGUUAAAUAUAUGACUUUCAACCACAGAGCAAGGGCGGAGGUUUUAUAUACUCUAAAGUAUUUCAGUGGCAGGUCCAAACUAUUUUGUGGGGCUUGACUGUCAUUUUAUCUUUUACUUCAACUAACAGCAAAGCCUUCUUAUUUGAAUAGAACAGUUAUUCAAAGCCUCUUUUAGAUACCAGGUGUUUACAAAGAAUCUGCUGAAGUCCAAGGAGCUAUUUAUGAGAAAAAUAUACAUAAAGAAUUGUGCUGGAAUUCCCCGGCAGUCCAGUGGUUAGGACUCUGGGCUUGCAUUGCAGCGGGCACAGGUUCGAUCCCUGGUCAAGGAAUUAAGAUCCCACAUGCCACGUGGCACAGCCAAAAAAAAAAAAAAAUUCUAUGCCAUUUAACUGACAUUAGAAUUUAAAUAAACCCACACUGAUUAAUUUUAAUAAAUUUUCCAAAAAAAAAAGAAAGGAAUUUUGCAUAUAAUCUCAGACUCUUCAUGGCCCUGAUUCAGAAUUUCUAGUAGAGUGGUUUACCCUUCAAAGUGCUAUACACAGUUCCAUUAGUUGAAGCCCUAGUAGGUUUUUAAAUUUUAUAUGACAAAUUUCUUUUCACUGGUAUUAUUAUAGUGAGAUAUACUUCUCUGUCUUCUUUAUGGAUAUUUAGCCUUUAAAAUAUUUUUCUGUUCCUAAAACAACAUCCCAGGAGUGAAGCUACUGGUUUGUAUACACUUUUUUUUUUUCCUAUUUAGUGUCUUAAUGUUUAUUAAUCACUUGCUAUCUUUGGGAUAACUGAAGAUUUAAGUACCUGUUCAAUAGUUGAAACUAUUGUCAGAUCUAUCACGUAAUUCUCAUUCAUUCAAUACUUACAGUAACUUUAUGAUGUGAGUACUAGUAUUCUCAUCUUACAAAUGAGGAGACUGGAGGCUGACAGGUUAAGCAACCUAAAGUAGUGCUAAUAGCUAAUAGGUCAUGAUUGGAACCCAGGUUUGCCUCCUUCCACUGUCCAUGGUCUUUUCAGAAACUCGUUUAAAAAACACAGAUAUCUGCCUUGAUCAUUGGAAAGUUUACCUUUAAUACUGAAAAGCCAAACAAAGCAAAAAUAUACACACACAAACAUAACCUUAAAGGAAAUUCAGAUGAAAGAGAACAUAUACCUAACAUCCAGCUACUCCAGCAAAUCAAGCUAGGCCUUCAUCACAUCUCUUCACAGCUCAGUAUUAAAUCAAUACCCUGGCAGGAUGAGGGGAGAAAAACUGCUGUGAAAGGAGGAACAGAAAAGUGUCAGGAGGUAGCUAACAGCAGGAUAAGCAUAUCUUUUAGAGUGCGGGACUCAAACCUGACUGGUUCUUGGCUUUGGCUCAGAAGUCUCUUAAAUAUCUGUUCGUUGUAGAUUAAUCAGGCAGUAAAACCCCACUGGAAAAGAUAGUGGGUCCUAUGUGACUUUUAAAAUUUGACCAUAGAGAGACCCAUAACCUGUAACAUUCAUCCGUACCACCAUGUUUGUGUUGAACACUAGGGGUUGUGGGAAAGAGCUUAAGAAUGCUUGGAAUGAAUGAAUCUGAACUCCUAGCAAAGGGACUGAAUAAUAAUACUGGAGAAAAAAACUGAAGAAAAGAAGAAAGGAAAUGGAGACCCUAUGGAGCCUUUAGCAGCAACUCCUGAAAGAGAAAAAGGGGGAAGAGGGAAGCUAAAUUAUUUUGGAGGCCAAGUUGUGUGUUAAGGGACCUGAACUAGUCUUACUGCAAGAAGAAGGUAGACUUCAGUGAAUUCUUUGAAGUACUCGCACUUUUUGCCUUCUGUUAAGAGUCACAGAGAAGUUUACUGGUAUAACAAAUUAUGUAUUGCUGUGCAUUCUUUUUAAGCUGCAUUUAUAUAAUUAUUACUAGUAAUUGGACCUCGGGUUGGAAAAUCACCGUUUAGUAACUUAAGGAUUCACAAGUGUAGAAAUCCCAUUCUUCAAAUGAUCAGGGAAAAUCAUUAGGUUUGAGAUUUUUAUUUUGUAGCCACAUCUAAACUUUGCACUCUAGAGGCAGAUUUUAAAAGGCAGAGUAUAAUGCAAGUAUGACUUUCUAAGGAUGACCUAAGUUACAUGUUACCAAGGUUCUUAUGAGCAGGGAUCUAGCAGAGAAUAAAUUCAGCACUGAAAAUCACAACUUAGUAAUAUGAUGCUGGUCUUGAUGUGUGCUGUUGCUCUGAGCAAGUUGUGUGGGCUGUUAUCUCCUGUGACAUCCCUAUAAGUGAUACAUCAGUAAUACUUUAUAAGUAGGUUGGGAAAAUUAAUUUAUUUUUCCAAGGCAUUUAAAAAUUGUUUGAAGAAAGGCUCUGUAUGGAGCAAAUUGGUGUCAGUCUGUUUUCCAUCCUCUGAGCCAGGAGAAAAUAGGCACCUUAGGGUGGGAAGGUUGGCUUAUCUUUCGGAGUUCUUUUAUAAAUCACUUUUAUUGAAUUUGAAAUGGAUAUCAGAAGCUCCCAAGAAUAUGGUUAACUAUAAAAGCAAACUGUUUUGGACUUGGAACUAGGUGUUUUCAUCAAAGAUUUAAGACGGGUAAGUAUUAGUUUGUAAUUGGCCAGACUUGGGGGUAAAAUAUGGCCCUUUGAUGAUCCUGGUCCCCAGCUUUGUUUUUCUCUUGCUUUUUCUUCAUUUCAGAGAAGAGAUAAGGCUGACUUUCUGAAAAGCAGUCAACUUUACUUUUUUUUAAAAAUUAAUUAAUUUAUUUAUUUUUGGCUGCGUUGGGUCUUUGUUGCUGCGCGCGGGCUUUCUCUAGUUGUGGUGAGCGGAGGCUACUCUUUGUUGCGGUGCACAGGCUUCUUGUUGCGGUGGCUUCUCUUGUGGAGCACAGGCUCUAGGCACGUGGGCUCAGUAGUUGUGGCUCGCGGGCUCUAGAGCACAGGCUCAGUAGUUGUGGCGCAUGGCCUUAGUUGCUCCGCGGCAUGUGGCAUUUUCCCGGACUAGGGCUCGAACCCGUGUCCCCUGCAUUGGCAGGCAGAUUCUUAACCACUGCACCACCAGGGAAGUCCCAACUUAUUGUCAGUGUGUAAGAUCUAUUUCUUCCAUUAAUCUGUGAAAUCUUUUGCUCCAAAUAAGUUGGCAAUAGGUACUGGAACAAAGGUUUUCAUCUACGCUUACACUUUCAAGUGUGCAUACUCAAAUGCCUCCAUGUGAAAAUAGCUUUGCUUGGAAGAUUUAUAACCAAAUUCUUGCUUUAGGGAAGCUAACAGUCUAAUAGGGCAGGGUAAUGUAUAUGCACAAGUAACAGUACUGCAUGCUGUUUUUGAAAAAUGCAUGUUUCUUUCUGAAUUUUACCCCUACUUAAAAAGAAUAAUGGUGAACGAAGAGUAAUGUAACUAUUUUGAAGUAACUUAACAUGAGGCUUGUCUGUUCAUGUAUUUGCAAGAAACUUUAUGCUAAUGUCAAAGAAAAAUGAACCAGUGUAGGGCUUCCCUGGUGGCGCAGUGGUUGUGAGUCCGCCUGCCGAUGCAGAGGACACGGGUUCGUGACCCGGUCCGGGAAGAUUCAACAUGCCACGGAGCGGCUGGGCCCGUGAGCCAUGGCCGCUGAGCCUGCGCGUCCGGAGCCUGUGCUCCCCAACGGGAGAGGCCACAACAGUGAGAGGCCCGCGUACCGCAAAAAAAAUGAAUAAAUAAAAAUAAAGAACCAGUGUAGAUGCAUAGGAAGGAAGGUAGGGCCAAUAUACUUCCUGGUGCCUUGAAACCAGAGCUUCAGAUGCAAUGUGGUGGUCUCUCUCCCUUUCUUUCCCUCUCUCCUUCCCCUCUUGUGACUGAUGAGCUAAGCCCUUUCUCCAACUGUAUGUGAUUUCCUAGUGAACUGGGGGGUGUAUUUUUCCAACAUACAUUAGUCACCCGACUUACAGCAUUCACAUUCAUAUCCUUAUAACAGAUUGUGUCUAAAAUCUUCACAGAUUUCUCACCUUUUAGGGUUCAGAUUUACUACCCACUCGGAGUCUGUGACCCUUACUUUUGGCAAGCCUCCGAACAGCUCUUUGAUGGAGACCCUGUCCACUUUAUUCUUGUACCCUUGGGUGGCGCAGCACCAGAGAUCGCUUUGCGUAACGCUGGGGGACGGGGGGCGGGGGUGGGAGUGGGGUAGGGUAGUGCACCUUCGCUCAUGCGCCAGUCCGGACCCUGGUUUACCCGGUGACCCCGCCCCCCACUGGGGUAGGUUAGAGAGGAUUUGGCUUUUGAAGGUUUUGAGGGCCCGCCUAGGUAAUUAACACAAUUUACAUUAGUAUAAUGAAGACGGAGUUCCAAGCAACUACCUUGCAAAUGGACCCUGAGAGUUCAGCCUAUCUGUAAUGGAGAUACCGCAGGCCACGAUCUUUGGCUUUGUGAGCAGUUUAUAAUUUAGCCAGAUUUAGUUUCCCCCCCUAAAAAGUCUUUUAAUCACAGAGCGAAAAAGCGCUGCCGCAACAUGUGACAGCAAAUGUUUUAAAGCACGGGACGUUUGGUCCCCCAUAAUUUUGUCAUAAGAUUGUCCAAGCGUUUCUUUGAAAGCUAGAGGACACUGCCAGUAAACGCCAAAAUAGAAGCUGUCGCUUGAACCGAGCGGUGUUACUCUAGGGUGGGGGUGGGACCCAUUCUCGCGCGCCUUCUGCGCCGGCCGGGGGCUUGUUUGCGAACACUGAGGGGUCUGGGCUCCGCGGGGCGGGACCGCUGGGAGGCGGGGCGAGCCGGGCGCGGGGCCGGCGGGACUCCGCUAGUGCGCAUGGUCAGGCGUCCUUCUCCGCUCCGGCUGACCCCUUGUUUCCGCCGUUGGCCGAAACACUGCGAAGGCCGUUACCUGAGCGCUACCGGUCGCCGACAUGGCUGAGGAAAAAGAUUGCCUGAGGGGAGACGUAGAGAAGGGCGAGGAGCCGGUGGUGACCAUUACCGAUGGUGCGUACUCUGGGAAGCAGGCGGCAGAGGAGCCGAUGAAGGUGGAAGCGGAGGCGGGGGCUGAUGCCUGCUCUGACGACCUCAGCUGUGGGGAGGCCGACAUCGACCCAAGCCUGCUGGAGCUGGUUGAUGAGGAGAAAUGCCGGAGUAUCCGCAAGCAGUACCGGCAGCUCAUCUAUAACGUCCAGCAGAACCGUGAUGACAUAGUGAACACGACGAGCGAGUCCUUAACCGAGGCUCUCGAAGAAGCCAAUGUCCUGUUUGAUGCAGUGAGUCGAACGAGAGAAGCGGCCCUCGACGCUCAGUUUCUUGUUUUGGCUUCUGAUUUGGGUAAAGAAAAAGCAAAGCAGCUAAACUCUGACAUGAGCCUUUUUAAUCAGGUGGCAUUUUGUGAUUUUCUGCUUAUAUUUGUGGGUCUAAACUGGAUGGAAGAUGAUGGACGUGAUGCGCUGAGUGGCUGUGAUGAUAAUAUAGUUCGCUCUUUUUGGGAGACAGUACAAAAGGAAGCAACGUCGUGGAUGCUGCAAGCUGAAACAUUCCACUUUAUAUUCGGUUCAUUCAAAUCAGAGCCUUCCGCGCGGAAGCCCCGACUUGAGCACCGGAAAAGAGUUCACAGAAUGGAAGAAAACGGGGAUAUGCCUACAAAGCUGAGGAAGCUGGACCUGAGUAGUAAUCAAGAAGCAACAGAAAAAGAAGUAGAAAGAAUCUUGGGAUUGUUGCAAACGUACUUUCAGAAGUAUCCUGAUACUCCCGUGUCCUAUUUUGAGUUUGUGAUUGACCCAAACUCUUUCUCUCGUACUGUGGAGAAUAUAUUUUAUGUUUCUUUCAUUAUAAGGGAUGGUUUUGCAAGAAUAAGGCUUGACCAUGACAGGCUGCCAAUAUUGGAGCCCAUUAAUAUUAACCAUGUGGGUGAGGGGAAUGAUUCCAGUUCCCAUUGCAGGAAACAAGGAGUUAUAUCUUUGAGUUUACAGGACUGGAAAAAUAUUGUGGCAACUUUUGAAAUUUCAGAGGCCAUGAUCACAAACUCGUACUAAAGAUUUUUGUUCUUAGUGUAGGAGACAUUUUGUGGCUUUUCUUAAGCAUCUCAAAAUGGAGAGUAAAAUCCAAACAGAAACACAUAUUGUAUCUCUUGUAAAGUGAAAAAGUAUUUUCAAGAACAUCAGAAAUUGUU